CCCAACAUUGGUGUUGUAAGGAAUGGUGCCCCAUCAUUUGGUGUCGGUAGGAGGAAUGGUGCCCAUCAUUGGUGUUCUGUAGGAUGGAAUGGCUGCCCCACCAUUGGUGUCUGUAGGAGGAAAUGGUGCCCCAUCAGGGAAUCUGUAGGAGGAAUGGUGCCCCAUCAUUAAUGUCCAUGGGGGAAUAGUGCCCUAUUGUUGGUAUCAGUUGGAGGAAUAGAGCCCCAUUGUUGGUAUUCAAGGUAGGAAUGGUGCCCCAUCAUUGGUGUCUGUAGGAGGAAUGGUGCCCCAUCAUUGGUGUCUGUAGGAGGAAUGGUGCCCCACCAUUGGUGUCUGUAGGAGGAAUGGUGCCCCAUCAUUGGUGUCUGUAGGAGGAAUGG